AAAAACUUCAUUCCUGACCCACAACCACACGCUGCUUUGUGGUCGCCGCUCGAUCUGUCCAAAUUAACGCCUGGACUUACAACCGACUCCCCGAGAACACUUUCAAUCAGGACACUUUAUUUUUUUUUUCUAUUGAAACAAAAGUCUUAAUAAUAUGGGAAAGGAAACUAUCCGUUUUUUGACAGUUUGGAUAAUUUGUGGAAACAUAAUCGCAACUUUUUCUUCUGACCCUGAAGUCACAACUGUGUUUGCAAACACCACAGUCCCACUAACCACCACUCCCCAGCCAACCACCUCUGAAUGGAUCACAGACCUCACUGACAUACAGUCCAAGUUCUCCUUUCGCACAGUGGACGAGCCUGAAGAUGACCUGUGUUACAUCGUGGCCGGACAGCCAGAAACCAUCAAGCAGUGUGAAUUCAACGCGGAAACGCAGACCUUCAUUGUGAUCCAUGGCUGGACGGUAACAGGGAUGUUUGAGAGCUGGGUGCCCAAGCUUGUGACUGCACUGUACGAGCGGGAGCCCACUGGGAAUGUGAUUGUGGUGGACUGGCUGAACCGUGCAAACCAGCACUACCCCACCUCUGCAGCCUAUACCAAACUUGUGGGCCGGGACGUUGCCAAGUUUGUAGUCUGGCUACAAAACGAGCUGCAGUUGCCGUGGGACAGGAUUCACCUGCUGGGUUACAGUCUGGGAGCACAUGUGGCUGGAAUUGCUGGAGACCUCACUGGCCAUAAGAUCAGCAGGAUCACAGGUCUGGAUCCGGCUGGUCCCACCUUCGAGCACGCCGAUGCCCAGAGCACGCUGUCCCGUGAUGAUGCUCAGUUUGUGGACGUCCUGCACACCAACACUCGAGGCUCCCCGGACCGCAGCAUCGGCAUCCAGAGGCCUGUGGGUCACAUCGACAUUUACCCCAAUGGAGGCACCUUCCAGCCGGGCUGUGACAUCCAGAAUACCUUGCUGGGAAUUGCAUCACAAGGGAUCAAGGGAUUCCAAAAUGUGGACCAGCUCGUCAAAUGCUCUCAUGAGCGCUCCAUCCACCUGUUCAUUGACUCCCUGCUGAACUCCCAGCAGCAGAGCAUGGUAUACCGCUGCAACUCCAACCAGGCCUUUAACAAGGGAAUGUGCCUCAACUGCAGGAAGAAUCGCUGCAACAAGCUCGGUUACAACAUCAACAAGGUCCGCACGGCCCGCAGCACCAAGAUGUUCCUCAAGACCCGUGAAACGAUGCCAUACAAAGUUUUCCAUUACCAAGUAAAGAUGCAUUUCUUCAGUAAGGACAAGCUGAGCUUCACAGAGCAGCCGUUGCUAAUUUCGCUGUAUGGAACUGAGGGAGAGAAGGAGGGCAUUUCCUUUGUCAUGCCGGAAAUGAACUUCAACACCACUUUGUCUUUCCUCAUCACCACUGAUGUGAACAUCGGAGACUUAAUGAUUGUAAAGCUGCGCUGGGAGAAGGACUCAUUCUUCAGCUGGUCUGAAUAUUGGAGUAGCAGCAAGUUUCACAUCCGGAAAAUGCGCAUCAAGACUGGGGAGACGCAGUCCAAAGUGAUCUUAAGGUCGAAGGAUGGAGAGUUUGCCUACCUCGUCAGAGGAGGAGGAGAUGCAGAGUUUGUCAAGUCAAAAGAAGACACCAAUCAUCAAGAGAAAGUGAGGCACAAGCUGAAAAUGCAGGGCAGUCAGUUUGGGCAGAAUGAUUCUUGAAGUUGCACUCGACCACACGCCCACAUUAAUCCUCCUCCGCGUACAUAACCAAAGCUGGACAGCACGCACCAACACUAGGAAAACUUUACAAGCAAUUGGACUGCUGCAUGUUUUUCCUACUAUUCCUGUUUUUCCUCAACUCCCAGUGCAACCAACACCAAAUCAGUGCUGGAAAUCAGUCUGUUCCGAGCUCUGUCCUCUCUCUGAAAGUUUUAUCUACUUUCUAGUUACAGGUUCCUUUGUGAUAAUGUGCUUACAGUUUUAUAAAUUCACACUUUGAGAAGCAUCUGCUGCAUAUCUUUGUAAUCAUUUUUUGCCUAUAUAUAUAUAAAUAUAUACUGUUUAUACAGAUUUCAUGUAAUGAUGUAAUUUGAACCCUGAACAGAUGUACGUUCUUUGCAUCUGUGAACUUGGACUAUUGUAAAUGUGAAAAUGAUUCAGAGUGGCAAGAAUAAUUAAGGCACAUUUUUUUUGAUUUUUUGUUUUUGUUUUGAAAGGUGCAAAAGGAUAACUUUUUCCCUAAUAUUUUAGUUACUUAAACCACUAAUUGCCUACAAUCAACAGGGACCAAAGAAAUAUUAAUUGUCUACUGAACAGAAAAUCACAGUGGUCAUUGUACAUACAUUUUUUAAUCAGUAUUAUUAUAUAUAUAUUUUUGAAUAUGAGUUAUGUGUUGAUUUCUUGAAGCCUUGGUUGUUGUUGAUUACGUUUUGGUUAUUGUGGCACUGGUCACUUUAAAAGGCUCUUUCCCCUGUUUUGAUUCUAAGGUAAUUGAGAGUUUGGUCCAGUUGCAGUUGGGAUAUGCAUUCUUCAAGUUUUAGUUAUCAUCAUUAUCUUCAAUGAAAAGGAUUUAGUUCAAUAGUGUCUGAAAUAGUUCGCCUCAUUGACUCAGCUCGGUCUACAACAUACCCUUAUUUUAAAAAGUCAAACAUUACAAAAUUGCAAAAAAAAUUUGUUAUGGACUGGUCCACAUCCAUUUCCAUCAUACACCUGAAGAAUGCUUCAUCAUGUAUUUAUUGAAUGUACAUUUAUAUAUUUGUAUAUUAAGCUGUAAUAUAUUGUGACGCGCUUCCGUUGACAUCUGUGUUUUUUUGAAUCAAGAGCUUUGCAACUAGGCUGUGGAGCGAUCGAUCAAAUUGGUCUCCAUGGAAGCUGCUGAGUUACACGUUUGAACUGAUAUGCAGUGCACUGUAUCAAGAAAGAGCCUGGGGGGGUUUAAUAAAGACAUACAUUACUUAAUUAAA